GGGGAUUCGGUGUCAGGUGAUGUGGAGGCAGACGGCUACUACUCCUUCUGCUCCUCGGUGGAGAGCGAAGAUCGCCGCUCUAUCAACCCGGAUGCUGAGCACUGCCCAGUGCGCAGCCCUGUCGGCACAGCAAGGGGCGGAAAUAUUCCCAGACCUUUGAAGCGCAGCCUUCCCCGGCUGCUCAGUCGUCUGGCCGCCAGGCUCUACAUCCGAGCCGGGAGAGGAAGGUGGAUUUAAAUGUGCAGCUUACCUAGUGCACGGUAAGGCGCUGCUGUCCGUGUUCCUGCAAGAUCUUGGCAGAUCGUGACUACCUGCACGCCAGGAAGACGUAGUGACAGACUGAGAAAGAGGAAGAAGGGAAGCGGGGUGGGGGGAAAGGAGCAUCACUGCUGAGGGAGAUGGCCGAGUGCGGGCGGAAGGCGCUGUCUCUCCUGGAAGCGGCCCGCUCCCGGUAUGAGAGCCUGCAGAUAUCAGACGACGUGUUCGGCGAGUCCGGGGAUGACAGUAGCGACAAUCCCUUCUACAGCACCUCGGGGGACUCCGACUCCGACAACUACGUAGCCGAGGCGGGCGAGCAGGAGCAGCAGCACCAUCAGCACCACCACCAUCCAAAACGCGGGGACAAGGAUUGUGGCCACAGCGGGGGGUCUGGUGGCGGGUCUGCCGGCGGGAGCAGCGGGCCCCCGGGCUCCCUCACCCGGAGUCAGGCGGAGGAGGAAGGCUGGACGGAGACGCUGCAGGAUGUCACGGUCCCGCCGUACAAAGAGACAUACGGACCCGCUCAGAAGAUGCCGGCUACUGCCACUGCCUUGGACUUUUUCCAGCUCUUCGUCCCAGAUAACUGCAUCCAAAACAUGGUCACCCAGACAAACAUGUACGCCAAGAAGUUUCAGGAGCGCUUCGGCUCCGAAGAAGGCUGGUGUCCCGUCACGCCUCAGGAGAUGAAGGCCUUCCUGGGCUUCGUCAUCUCCACCAGCGUGCACCGCUGUGAGUCGGUGCUCAGCAUCUGGAGCUCGGGCUUCUUCAGCAACCGGAGCAUCGCCUUGAAGAUGAGCCAGUCGCGCUUCGAGAAGAUCCUCAAGUACUUUCACAUCGUGGCUUUCCGCCCGUCUCAGGGGAGCAAUCAGGGCCUUUACAAGAUCCAGCCGUUCCUGGACUCGCUGCAGCAGUCGUUCAGCUGCACCUUCAGGCCGUCGCAGACACAGGUUCUUCAUGAGCCACUGAUAGACGAGGACCCUGUGUUCAUCACCACCUGCACAGAAAGAGAUCUGAGGAAGAGGAAGAAGAGGAAGUUCAGUCUCUGGGUCCGGCAGUGCACCUCCACCGGAUUCAUCUGUCAGAUCUCCGUCCAUCUGAAGGAGGGACAGGGCACAGAUGGACUGGCCACCUUGAAGAACAAGCCCCAGCUCCACAGCCUCGUGGCCAAGCAGCUCUGCCAGAACAUCUCCGGCAAGAACGCCAUCAUCUUCACGGGGCCAUCCAUCACGAGCCUCGGCCUCUUCUCUGAAUUCAGCAAGCAGGAUAUCUACUGCUGUGGCUUGCUGAGCACCAGGAAGAGCGACUGCACAGGUUUGCCCCAAAGCAUGCUGGUCUGCAGCUCCACGCCGGCACAGCGCGGCCAGUCACGCGUGAUGAUGAAGGGCAGCAUGUCUCUGAUCAGCUGGUACAAUAAGGGACACUUCAGGUUCAUUACCAAUGCCUACUCGCCAACAAAAGAAGGAGUGAUUAUUAAGAGGAAAAGUGGAGAAAUCCCGUGCCCCCUUGCCGUCGAAGCCUUUGCGGCACAUCUCAGCUACAUCUGCAAAUACGACGACAAGUACAGCAAAUAUUUUAUCUUCCAUAAGCCCAACAAGACUUGGCAGCAGGUAUUCUGGUUGAGCAUCAGCAUCGCCAUCAAUAACGCGUACAUCCUUUACAAGAUGUCCGACGCCUACGCCGUCAAGCGCUACAGCCGAGCGCAGUUCGGAGAGAGACUGGUCAGGGAGCUGCUGGAUCUGGAUGACUGCUCCCCCACACAGUGAGAAAAGAAAGAGGAGGAGGAGGCGGAGGAUGAAGACAGAAAUACAAUCUCCCACAUGUUAAUUUCCACUUGGUUGUACAGACCUCAUGGGUCUGUGUCAGUGUGCCAAGCUCCCGUCUCUCUCUUCCUGUGGUUGUUCAUUUCUGCCCCUGUAAAUAUUCACUAACACACCACUGCACUGUAUACAUUAUUAAGAUCCACCUGGGGUAGCUGCUUCAGCUGCUACUGUUAGCCACACACUUCUGGCGUCAGCAGAUAUCAGUCAGCAGAAGCAGAGAUGAAACAAGAAACAACAAAAUGAGUCGGAUUUCACUCAGAAAUGAUGUCACCUUAAAGUUUUUAGUCUUAUCAAAGAGUUCAACUAUUUAACAAUUUAAUAAGCCUGAAUUAAACUGAAAAUAUCUUUAAAAAAAUAAAAUAAUAAUAAUAAUAAUAAAAAACAACUAAAAACACACCUGGCACCUUGUAACAAAGUCCGAGUAAACACGACACUGCAUGCAUUGAGAAUGUAGAUUGUGACGUUUGUGUUGUUAAGUGUGGAAAAGAUUUUAGCUCCAGGCGAGCUGUGAAAUAACUGUGUGUGUGCGUGUGUGUGUAUGUGUUCAGUAAGUAGAACUGCCAUUUGUGUGUCUGAUGUCAAGCCUGAGGAUUGAAGCGUGUGACACCGGUGACCCAAAUGUGUCUUUCCGUUGCACACCGUGUUCGCUAUUGGUGCAUCGUCAGUAAAAAGGGACGCCUCAUACGGCGCCGUGUUCAUCUGCCCAUCACAACUGCCCGCAUCAGAAAAAUCCUGACAAGAAAGCCAUAAAGUUUCCUCUGGAACUGUAUUUUAAUUUUUUUUUUUAUUCUCUAACUGUAAUAGCAAAAAAAAAAAAACAUAAAUUACAUCCAUACAUGGUUUUGCAAAAGUAUUCAUACUGCUUGAACUUUUUCUUAGACAGCGACAUGCUACGUGGGUGCAUUUCUUCAGUAGAGACAAAGAAAGUUUUCCAGGUGGAUGGAGAUAAAUACAGAGCAGACCUGGAAGGAAACCUGUUAAGAGGCUGCAAAAGCCUUAAGACUGUGGCAGGGGUCGACCUUCCGGCAAACCGGAGACGCGAUGGAACGAUUUUAGCUCAGAACAUUUUCCUGUCAACAUCCGUACCUAAAUCCUCUCCGUCCAACCCGACCGAGCUCCAGCUGUUUGGCAGAGAGGAAGUGGCUAAGAUUGUCUGUCACUGCAAAGAUUGCAAAAGUCUGGCUUCAUUCAAAACAAUACUAUUUAGGUUUUGUUCUUUACAAAAAAAACUGAAAACUAUGCAUCACUUUCCUUCCUUUCCUUACACACUACUUUGUGUUGGUUUGUUUAAUCCCAGUUUAUAGUUUUGGGAUUGUAAUGUGACAUAAUGUGAAACAGUUCAAGUGGUGUGAAUACUUUUGGAAGUCUCUGUGUGGUUUGUUUUAGGAGAUUAACUGAUUAAUUAAAAUGAUCAAUCUGUUAGAUUUUAUAUAUAUAUAUAUAUAUAUAUAUAUAUAUAUAUACAUUCUUCAUUACAUUAAUUUCUUCUUAAUUACUUUUUUUUAACUCAUAACUUCAUUACACUGUUAACGUCCAACUUAGCAUUCCCAUUGUUUUUGGCAGGAGUCCUUUCUCUCCUCCUGCUUCACAGUGAGGUAUAACUGAGUUUUAGAGGGCAGAAAACGUCCGAGUGCUCCAGCGUUGCCAGGCAGUGAGUACAGACUUGGCCGCUGUUCAGGGCUCUGUUCAGAUAGUAACGUUUGGCCAGAUUUACUGUGGAAGCAGGGGGCAAAAACAAGUCUAGAGGCAAUCAGGUUAAGAUGAUGAUCGUCCGUGGUUUGACUUUGAUGUGACGCAACAAAAUUAUACAAGUAAGACGGCAGCUUAUGUUACAAAGGGAUUUCAUGAGAUAGAAGAGGAUUUUUUUUUUUAAGUAAUAUUUCUCAGUGUGAGCAUCCCGUGGCAUUAGUCUUUGUAGAGAAGCCACCUUUUCCUCGUCUGAGCUCAAACUGCGCCAUAUUGCCGUCUGAAGAAUGACUCACUUAGCUUGGCUGGACGUGGUGGGGCUUCGUUCCUGUUGUUAUGCUGGGAAAACAUUAUGAAGAGCUUUAUAUGUGUGAAAAGUGUUGUGUCAGCAUGGUUCGGUGUGUGAAUACAUGAUGUUACAGUGAUACGACGGCAUUCGUUGAGUGAUUCACUCAUUCACCCACCCACUUCAUCUCCCCCAUCAGAGUCUUGCACUUUGAAAGCUCUGAGGCUCGUAAGAUGUUUUUAAUUUUGGGCAAAAAAAACAAAAAAAAGCCAAAUAUGCAUUGGUGAUGUGGGUGAGAUCUCUAAAUAUAGGUAGAGAAAUUAAUAAUAUAUAUGUGAAAAUACACAAAUGAUUAUAGGGUGAAAAUGAAAGAGUAGAUCUACAACAGAAGGGACGUCCUUUUGGUCUCAUGUUAAUCAUUCCGUCUCUCAAACGGAAGAUUGUGAUUCCUUUUUAUCCUUUCACUAAUCCAGAUCAUAACUGUUGUUAAUCUUGUGCGUGUGAACCGCUGAACCUUGUAAAUGAAUGUUUCGGACUGCCACCAACUAACACUGUUUGUCCGAGGGAGCGCAUCUCUCAUGUCACCUCAUGAUUUUAAUACAAUGUUUGAUAAUUACGUCAUAGGCAAAUGUUUUCACUCAAUUGCAAAAAAAAAAGGAAAAAAAGCAUUAUGACAUGAAGCUAAAAUGUUCGGUACCCCCUCAGUCAUUCGAUUGAAAGGAUCAAAGAAAAGUUUGCCAAAGUAUUUGCACAACUUGAACUUCACAACUUGACACAUUGCAGCCACAAACCUUAGUGUGUUUUACAACAGUAUCAUGUGACAGACCAACUCAGAGUGGUGCAUAACUGGGAAACGGAAGGAAGACAAUAAAUGGUUUUCAAAAAUGUCUGGAAAGUGUGGCUUGCAUUUUAAUUCGGCCCCAUUGAGUCAACACCUCUGAAAAAAAAAAAAGAUGCUGUCACGGUCAUAUUGGAUGGAGAAGCCUCUGUGAAGAUUUAUAUUAUGCAGAUUCUUUAUCAGAUUUAGUUCUAGACUUUGAGUGGACAAUUCUGACACACUGGUCUGUUGGAAGGUAAAACUAGAUGUGUCCGUGUUCCAACAAAGCAAAUGUCUGAAAUACCAUCUCAGCAUGUCAUAAAGUUCUCCAGAGGUCAUUUGAUUCAGGUAAGUUUAGCCAGAGAAGCAUCUAAACCAGGAUGCUGGACAGAGCACUGAAGUACUGGACACUGAAGUACUGGAUUUAGGUGGAUAGUCAAGUUUUUUGUUUGUUUGUUGUUUGGGUUUUUUUAGCACCAAUUGUGCAAUCCUCUCCCAUGUCCAGAUGAUGUUUUAUAAACUAACCCUGCAUUAAACGUCUCCACACCUUUA